AUGUCUCCUUCUCCCCUGGGAAAAGGCGGCCGAUUGGACGAGGAGGCUUCUCAGGCGCUAGUUAACUGGUCAGUCGAGCAGGCCAACGCGCUGGACCCCAACGGCCAACGGGUAUUCAAUGCCCCCUCUGCGCCGCCAGACAACGUUGUGCAAGGAGGCGUUGUCUGCCGUUUCGCUGUUCCGCUCUCCGUCGUGCCUCCCAGCCAGUGGGCUGGCCUCCUCGUACGACCCGUCAGUCUUCCGCACAACGACCCCGGUGGUUUUGCUGUGUCCGGUGUCAAUUCGAAGGGCCUGCAUGGAAACAGCCCCAUCUGCGCACAGAUGGCACAACGCCUGCCGGAACAUGUGCGACAGGGUAGGGCGGCGGAGGAGGGCGUGUCUUUUGCGACCUUCUUCAAAACGCAGUACACGCAUGCAUACUCUGCGACAUUGCGGCAUCAUGGAGUUAAUGUGAACUUGCCCCUGGCCUCCAGCAUCCGCAUAUCGAGGCACCUAAACGCUGCCGCUGUGAGUUUUUUCAUAUUUCACUUCUCCAAUGCCCUGUUGUUGAGCCCUUAAAAUGCAAGUGAGCAUACGUCGACGGACUUGGGCCUCAGAUAGAGCAAAAUUGCCCGGUACACUAUUCCAUGUACAAGUACCUAUUAAUCAUAUCCUUGGUCCAUAGGAAAACCGAUGCAUCGGGAGCCUGCAGAACCACAAGGUAUACGACAUAUUGAUGGUUUCUAAGUAUGUUGUAGACGGGAACGUUUGCAACUGGUUCGACUUCAGCCAUCUUCACUUUCCUCCUUCUCCCAGCUUGUCCGCCUCCGGCAAGUCCGAUCCACAGAUAUUGACUUUCCGGUUCAAAGGACUCCCGAGUAAAAUGUCACUGUCAUUUGUCACACCGUCGUCUAUGUUGGUCUGGCGUAGGUGGGCCUGUAGGCAGCAUGAUGAAUUAGCCCGAACCGGGCGCCUUAUGGUUUUAUCGCUGUUUCUCGGAUUUAAAGCAGAAGGUUUGUUCUGCGUGUGGCUUCCAGUCGAGUUGUCUUUCGCAAAUAUUGUGUAUGUUCUGUCCGAAGUUUUUGUAUUUACAUCUACGACGCAGAAGCGCCUUUUCUAGUCUGAGGAUCUUUUUGUAAUUUUGCACAAAGUUGCAAUUAGCCCCUCGGGAGUCGCACUAUAAGAAAUUUUGACUGCCUCGAUAUGCGCAGAAAACUCCACCGGCUAACCUCGCCGCAUUUGCUCACACUGUCCCAAGACAUUCUGUCAUUGCAGGGGCCUGUUGGGCCAUAUGUACAGUGAGUGACCGAUCUCAUGAAAUGUUGGCUGAAAUUCUGAAAUGCGUUUUCGACUAGGAAGGAUUACUUGGUCGCGGUUGUAAUACUGACUAUCUUGCGGCAUACUCUUAUAACCUUUCGGACUCGGCAGGAUGUCGGCUUUUAAAUGCACUCCAUUUCAAUCUCCCGUAGAAAGCGUACUCGGUAAAAAAUGAUUACUUAAGUAACAUACUUUUUACCGCUGAUUUUUGAGGGUCUUGCAAAUUCAAAGACAUUUUAUAGAAACCAUAAACAAAAUAUGCUCUCUUUUAGUCAAUCAAUAGAGAAUCACGUCUUCUUUGUAUUUUAUACUUAAGGAAGGGUUAUUAUUAGGUUUUACAAAAGUUUUCUAAUUGCCGAAUAAUUGGGAGCCUGAUUAUUCGUUGCAUUAGCGCUUAGUGAUUACACUCUACAAGGUGGAUGCGUUCCACGUAAAGAAAAUCCCAUAUUUUUCUAUGCCAUUAAAGAGAUAUUAUACAGGGUCCAUAAAAUGUUGCAAUGGAUGCGGAAGAUGUUGUACAUUUCAUGAGGAGCAGUGGCAAACGGCCAGGUACGAUGCUAUGUGAAUAGACAUAUCGCGGUCUUAAGAAGUCUCAUAAUUAGAAACUUUUUUAAAACCUAAUUAUACUCCUUCCUUAAGUAUAAAAUAUAAAGAAGACGUGAUUCUCUAUUGAUUGACUAAAAGAAAGCACAUUUUCGUUUGUGGUUUCUAUAAAAUAUAUUUGAAUUUCCAAGACCAUCGAAAAUCAAUGGGAAAAAUGCAUGCUACUUAAGUAGCCAUUUUUUACCAAGCACACUUUCUACAGGAGAUUGAAAAGAAGUGCAUUUUAAAGCCGACAUCCUGCCGAGUCCAAAAUGUUAUAAGAGUGUGCCUUAUGAUAAUCAGUAUCACAACCGCGACCAAGUAAUCCUUCCUAGUUGCAAACGCAUUUCAGAAUUUCAGCCAACAUUUCAUGAGAUAGGUCACGCACUGUACAUCUAUGACGCAGAAGCGCCUUUUCUAGUCUGAGGAUCUUUUGUAAUUUUGCACAAAGUUGCGGGAGUCGCUCGAAGAUAAAUUUUGACUGUAGGAGUAGACAUGGUUUCCUUCUAAAGAGUUAAGAAUUCAACAAAUGCGUUUGCCUUUGUUGUCCUCUUUCAUUUUUCAGUCAAAUGUGGUUUGGUAGCCCCAGCUGAAGUAAACGAACCUCAGUCACCUCUAAUAUGGGAUCGGCGGUAAUAGGGGUUUUUACAGGUGGAGCCGGGGAAUGCACAGACGACGAGUUCAAGUAAUUUUAUGCAAAAGGAAAACUAUUGGGAGUGCGUGGUUGUACUUUCAAUGAUUGAGAAAUAGAUGCGCUAACUCCAAACCCGAACUAUAACCCCUAACCCUAACCCUUAAUCCCGACCCAACAGUAUUGUGUCCAUGAGGUGGGGCUACCAAACCACGUCUUACAAAAAUGUGCGGCCCGUUGUCACCUUUUUGGGUUGUUGCCACGUAGCACACACGAACAACAGUCGUGUAUGGAGGUAACCCGUCUUAUGACGCCAAGAAGGUGAUCCGCAUCUCUGUCGGCAUCCUCUUUGUGUAGUUUGAGGUAGCCAAGAGACAUGUUCCACUUUAUUAUCCGAUUGCUAGUGAGUCAGCCUGACAGGCGUUUAACGAACUCCCACUACAUUAUUCGGGCGUUUUAGAGGUUAACGACCUCAUAAUGGGCUUCUGUCGACGCUCCAAUUGUACUCCUCGCUCACUUGACUGUUUGACAUGUAUGCCUUCUCGCUGGUGUCUUAGGUUUCCGCGGGUCGCAGAGAGGACUCGAAGGGGGUGCACGUCGAAGAUCGCCUGCCCGACAUGUGCAUUCUCCACCCACUCAACGCCUGGCUCUGGCUGACCCUCUGCCUCACGCCCACAGUGCUCUAUCAGGUCACGCGCUGUCUGUCAGCCUGUGAGCUGGCCAACCUGCUCACCUGCCGUCUCUACGAUCGCCCCACCGCCGCCGCCGACAACACGGAACUGCCCUUUGGCCUGCCGGAGGGCGACUUCUUGAUGCCGGAUAGCGGCAGUAUCAGCCUAACCGCCAUUCCACCCCUGCAGCGGUACUUUGAUAACCUCCCCAGGGAGAAUCGGCAGAUCUUCGACAAGAUUGAAUGAAACGUUGGAAGAGGAGUCUGCCCUGGAUGAGGCCGUCCUCGCUGCUCGUCAGGUAUUCCGAGGUCCUCCUAGUUUUCAGCUUUUACAUCCCUCUGGAUUUUUGUACUUCUAUAAGUAUUGCCUCUCAGCGGCAUCGCGAACCGGUGCUGUUCAUAGUUUGUGCGUUGAACGUCCGAAUCUUCGAUAACUUUUUCCAAUCUGUCCUUCCCGUUCCGGACGCCGGUCAUUUGGACAGGAUUUUACGGGGAUUAUUUUGUUGACGUCUGGCACUCAACACAUUACCCACCCACCAGACAGCGAAUGCCAAAUCUAACAACAAAAUUUUAGUACGAUGUACAUUUAACAUUUAUAUUUUAUGUACCGUUUUCAAUAGGGUCAUCAAGGGCAUUGCCUAUUACCCUAAAUACACUAUACACAUAGUAAACCUCGUCACGCUUCAGAUCUUGUUCGUCAACUAAAACCGCAGUAUUUCCCACGGACAGGACUUGCGAGAUGCCUCGACCUCUCGUAGACCAGAAACAUUUAAUGGCUACUUUUCACAAACUGUAGUAUUAUGUGGCUCCGUGCUCAUAUUCUGCAGAACCUCAUGCUGUAAAACAACUGACCAUCCUUGCACACUAUGAAACAUGCUUUCCUACUGAUAUGGGCUUAUCGGUAGCAUAGACGCACCAAAAUCUGCAUAGGUUUUUGAUGUCCGGGAGGUGGACUCCACUUUCGGUGCGAAAACGUCUGCAAAUGUUUUGAUGUUUUCGGCCACCAUUUUCAGCGAUCACUGCAGGUGGGUAGUUUAAUGAGUGACGAUUACUUGCCGUACAAUGGAUUUCUUGAAUCCAAUGCGAAUGGUCCAACAUAGAGCUGGGAAAUUAAGUCUGAGUGGGAUCAUCAAUGAAUGAGCGGUAACCGGGCGUUUUGCUGAUGGGUAGUAAUUUACUGCUGAACCUGUUCUUUCCUUCUCACAGACAGGUGCCACGCCGUCUGGUGAUGCCGUCACGACAGGCCGUUUCGUGCCCGAUCCGGACUAUCUGCUUGAGGCCACCACCACCCUCAACGCCGUGGACGCCGUCAAUCUGGAGCGUCUUGAGCUGUUGGGCGACUCAAUGCUGAAGUUCGCGGCCAGCCUGCUCGUCUACUCUUCCCUGCCGCCUAGCGCUGACGAGGGUCAACUCACCUACCUGCGCAUGGGCCACAUUAGCAAUGCCAACCUUCACCGCCUCUCUGUGGAGCUGGGUCUGUAUCACUACCUGUGGUCUUUCUCCUAUGAUCCCACCAAGCACUACACUCCACCCGGAUUUUUCCUCUAUGAUGCGGUGAGCACCUCAGUGACAUUCCGAUUUUUGCUUCUCCUAAUGUUGAGGUAUGGCAUGGAAAUGAGCCCAGACCGCCGGUGUCCGUUUGCAUCUUGACAUUCUUGUAUCUGUGUACCUUGUACUGUGUCAGUGGUCUUCACCAGCAAGUGCUUGACCUACUAAUUGACUCAAAUGACGCUUUUAUAAUCCUAUAUAUAUUCACUCAGGAAUGGGCGCACACCGAUCCAUUGGCUUCCCGAAGCAAACAAGCUUCGUAUGGGCGAUAGGGGUCACGAACAGGCAACCGCCUAGCAGGCCGAAGUCGACCAAGCUAUGAUAGCAGAGGGGAGACGACAGAGUCUGGGGGGUAGAUUGAUACAGCACUGUUUCGGGCUUAUGUGCGCCCAUUCCUGAGUGAAUAAAUACCCGAUCUGCAGCGACAGAGAAUGGCAGGUGGCGAGGCAUUGAUGAACUUCGGUUCGAUGAAGUGCUUAUGACCCAUCUGGUAGACCCCAGUGGUGGACCAGCUGCGCCAGGUGCGUCUGUGCGCAUGUUUGUGUUUCCGGUAUCAGCUGGUGGUCAGUGUUAUGGUUGGCUGAAUGAAGGCAAACAAGCCCGAAACAGUGCUGUAUCAAUCUACCCCCCAGACUCUGUCGUCUCCCCUCUGAUAUAUAUAUAUACAUACUUGCGCACGUACGAUGCUUCAGAGAAAACGCAAUAGUAAACUAUCGUUCUUUUGAUCUUCCCAUCCAUCUUUCCAGGAGAACGCUCGCAAGUCUCAUGACCCUCGUCUGUACGUGAAAAUCUAUGACAAGGAUGUAGCUGAUUCCGUGGAGGCUAUGCUAGGCGCCUUCCUUUACCAUCUUCAACCCUCCGCGGUCUCGCGUCUGCUAGCAUUCCUCGGCCUGACUUGUAAGCCGCAACCCCUCGCCGAGUCUCCCGACGCCAACAGUCGUGCCGCGGUAGAUGCUGUGUUGCGCCAGCUGUGGGUGUCAUCUGAGUCCUGGAAUAGCCUCCUUCUCCCACCUGACCGUCCUCUGGAUCCCGAUCUAGUGUUAGAGAACCAAGCCGCUCUGGAACGCCGUCAUGCGGAGGUGGGGGCUCUUAUUUCGGAUAACAUUUCGAUCGCAGCCCGCACCGCUAACUCCAACGCCAUUGACAUCGAUAGCAUGACAAACCAGCUGGCCGACCGUCUCACUCUCGUGCCUUUCUCUCAGACCCUGGCGAACAAGAAGGCCCAGUUGGCUGAUCUUGAGAGCAUUUUGGGCUACGAAUUUCGCCACAUACGUUUGCUUAUCCAGGCUAUUACACAUGCGAGCUCGCUUUCAGCUCAUGAUUGGGGCUGCUAUCAACGGUGAGCAUGCCGCUGCUAUCCUCUGUUUUCCUGUGAUCUAGUUUUAUUGUCCAUUUUUUUGCCCUCGACAAACUCGAAAUACUUUUCUGUUCUGUUAACAAUUGUCAUCUUCCCGGUUGUGCGCUUGUGUUUGGACCCAUCUUUGUGUGGAAUUCACAGUAUGCAAGUCCGAGCAGAGCACGCGGAACGUACCCCACCGGUCGGUCGCAUAUUCGGUUAAGCCGUGUCUGGCUAGACGGUCAGUUGGUCGGGGGAAACCUAGUUUCUAGUAAUUCCUGGAUUUCAAGUUUGGCGCCUCAUCCACCAUCUAUCGCAUCACUCUGUGGCUCCACAAUCGCACGGCACGGCGGGCAACAUUCUAAGUAGCAUUAUUCCUCUCUGACUUUUACUUUUUUCGCCGGCAGCCAUUUAGCAGAUCGGAGCUAAAGCGCCUUGAAGGCGCUGUGUACGUUUCGCGACUAUCCAUUCUCCAAAAGCAAUAGGGGGCUUUCUUGCGGCUGAUCUUAACUGAAGGCAGAGUACCUCUCCGCACCUGGCGAGUCCGACAAUUUCGUCUGUUUCGGGUGAAAACGCAGUCAUGAUUGGCAAGGCUGGACACGGGCGGGAACAAGAAAUCUGGCAAGCCCAUGCGGCCUGUCCUUGCGUAGUGCAUCGACUGUUCUCUUUAUCCAGGCUUCGUUCAGUAGGUGUGGAAUCUUACGGGAAUAUGAAGACUAACCUAGAAUGGAUCAUUGCUGACCAACCCGCUUGGCUCUGGCGAUCCGAGGUAACCUGUCGGCCUCAGUCUUCAAAACCACAGUUUUCGGUUGGACGUGAUAACUGUCAUCACACCAGGCUUUUAAUGGUGAAGUAACUGGAUGCGAAAUGUCUCCCUCCUUUCCCCUAUCCACGAACGACGUAUUUGGGUUUGUUGCUGGGGGCAUGAAGAGGCUUCCUGACUUUGUGCCUCUCCCCGAGCCUGCAUGUCUUCUCUUGGGUUCUCUUUGUAGACUGGAAUUCCUCGGCGAUGCUAUCCUCGACUUUGUGGUUACGCAACGGAUAUUUAAGGAGCAUCCGACCUUCAACCCAGGCGAGUUUUAUGCACCCUUAACGAUCUCUAUCGUCCUCUGUGAUUUACUGCAUCCCUUCUUGCCAAUUCCUGCCUCCACCUGCCUCAGCAAAUUUGACUGAUUGCGUAAGAUCCUGCAUCUAUCGGCUACCCUUCUUCCAUUUUCACAGCCUGACAUCACCAUUGGAGGGCAGGUUCGAUCGGGCGAAUGCCAAGCGCACAGGUUUCGUUAGGUUAACGUACUCUGGCCACAGCUUGCAAAGUUCUCUCUACCCGCAUUAAUUGAGGCCUCAGUUUUAAUCCUUCACUGGCAGUUUGGCAACGAAAUGACUCCAAGGUACUUAGCGGUGUCCCCCUCCUCAAGACGACAGCUGCUGACCACUAGUGUCCUGUCUCACUGUCAGGGGAACAGAACCGAGGUGCAGUGCCUACAACUUUUAUUGACACCGGGUCAAUUAGAUAUAGUUAAUCAGAAUGGACAGUGUGCUUCAUUCUUUCCAAACACCUGGCCGCCUAUCGAGCGAUUUUAAGAUAUCGUUGAAACAGACUGGAACAGUGUGUAGUCCACAGGAAAUCCCCAUCACAGCGUUUAUUGCAGCUGCAUUAACCGACACGUUACUCAUGAUGAACUGAGUCAAAACUCUGCAACAGCGAAAUCCACAACACGGACUUGAAUUCAGCUACUAGUCGCCUUAAGAGCAUUCGAGAAUGUGCCGCAGGGCGAAUAAUUUAUGCUGACCGGAACCUUUCAUGUGCUAGACAUCUUCGCCGAGUCGACCUCAUGUUGCUUUUCUAUUCUCCCUCCAUUUUACCUGCACCUACUUGCGCCAAAUGAAGGCGAACUGACGGAUCUGCGUACCGCCCUCGUCUCAAACAUCAAUCUGGCCAUCGUGGCCGUCCGACUGAACAUGCAUCGUUACCUGGACCAAACGGAUCACACCCUCUGGGAGAACAUUGGCAACUUCGCCCAGGUUGUUCUCGAGGAACCCUACAAACUCUGGCAGUUGGAGGUAUGGUGUCUAGAAUUCAUCCUUUUCUGGCCCCUUUAAACACUCCAGUAGUAAGGAAAAGUCUAUUCUUUCGAAUAUUUUGCGACAUGUAACACUUUUUCUGUCAUCCAAAUGGUGCUGCGAUGUGUCCGCCAUUCCAAUUGUCAAGUGGGUCUAAUGCUGCGCUGUUAUUUGCGAGUUCGGCUUUCUGAUGCUUCAUACCACAGGUGUGUGAGACGUUGUUUAUGCAUAGAAGCGUCAAUACAAGUCCUUUAGUACAAUUGAAAAGAAGCUGACGAAAGCGUGAAAUCACUGAACCACGUCUUGAGCCUCUGAACUUUGGAUAUCAGGAAAAAAAAGCAGCGAGACUUGCAUGGCAUUUGUGUUUCACGGCUCGUGACACAGAUACGGGUCUCCGUUAUGGUCCAAUCUGUUUCCUUAACAGCUCCUACGUCAGUCUCUUUGUGUCGGCGAGGUGGAUCUCGCGGCUCAUCUUCAGGGUGUUGUGGAUAGUUUGGGAUCAGGGCUUUUAUUCCUCUACGCCAUCAGUGUCACCCCGCUUUACGCUGAUCGGACAUCUUUAUGUCCACCUCAAGGGCAACUUCGGUAGGACUGAAGUUACACCCACUACCGGCAAUGCGAACCCAAUGGCAUGUUGUCCACGUUGUCACCGCAAAUUGCGAUUACCUGCGAAUCCAUCGCGGUGCGAUUGAAGCCACGAUCAACAGUUACGGAUCCCCACCUUUCCGGCCCACCCUGCACCCGCAGUUUCAACCGCGGCAUCGUCAGAUUCGGUCAUAUGCGCGCUCAUUGAGACCCUGCGUUGCUCACACCACGGUCCUACUGCCCUAUUUUCUAUAGUCGGUAAUCACGGACGAACCGACGUACUUGCCGCUUUGGGCGACUGUACGAUGCGUCACCCACUGCACCUAAUCUUGUACUUAGUAGGCCGACAGACCGGGAUUGGGGAUGAAAGGGUGAGGUCGGUCCUGGAGGUCCCCUCCUCAUGUUAGCAUCGUGUUUCCUACGGGGUUUUUCUCACUUCGACCAUCUCUGUAUUCGCCACCGUGAUAACACCAUCAGCAAUGCAUUCUCCUCUGGUGUAGCGCGUCAGUUUACGUAGCUGUCGGGUUGUGGUCGCUGUGCUCUGCGUUGCUUCGUGGAGGCGGAGAUGGGUGCUGAGGGUCUGGUGAGCUCAGACUGUGAUAAACAGCCACUGCAGUCGGACUUGUGGCACGGCCGGUAAUGAACUAUCCUGCCAUCCAUCACCGAGCUAUUGAACACUUUUCAGACGGAUACGUACACACACGAACGAAAGCAGGCGCGGAUACCAGCACACCUUUUCGCAUGCCUAACACGCUCAACUUUCUUCAUUUUCCUUCUACGGCAGUAGCCACUCUUAAAACUAGAAACUGGUGUGUACUCGGCUGGAGACUGAGUCUUUUUCCGCCGCCUUUUGGCGUCUAGGCGCAUUAUCUCCCUCCCUGCUACCUGCCCGCAGCUGCUAUGUUUCUUAUGUUUUUUGUUCGUCAGGACCAGUACAGUGGGUCGUCGCGGUCACUGAGCUACAAAGUCCUCGGCGACAUGGUGGAGGCCAUCAUAGGGGCCGUCUACAUUGACUGUGGCGGUUCUAUGCCCGUCAUCACGAGUGUCAUCUACAAACUCCUUGAACGCGAAUUUGGUAAUUUGUCAUGUUUAUCCUCUCUGCUCAUUGUAUGUGCUAGCGCCUUUUUGAAUCGCAGAAUGAUCAAACCACCACGUAGUGUUUGACCACCAUGUUUGGCGCCUUGAAUUUGCUCACCCCCUAACGACGUUGUUAUUGGACAGCUAUGUCUUCGUGUACACUGCAGUGCGUUUUGUCGCGCUGAUAUGGCGCACUUGUAGAACAGCUUUGGUGGUUAAUUGAGUGGAUCCCGUCUGUGGCAGUACUUGUGUCGUCGUUUAUGUCGCUUUCAGGAACGUUGGCUUUUAGAGAGCCACAGUCUCUGCGACGUCAAGGUAGACCAUCUGAUAGCCUGGAGGAAGAUGACUGUAAAAUGUUCUUUUAAUGCAAUCGCAUCCUCUCCCUUCGUUGACUGCCGUCUCUUGGGGAAGGUCCCCACUGAUCAUCUUAUCUGUGCCUUCCUCUUAUCACCAUGUGGGAAAGAAGAUGGAGACGGGCAGUCCUAUUUCCCGUCCUUUGAAGUAUGAGUAAAACGGAUCGCACGAAAACCUAUCGAAGUCGGCCAAGCUUCUCCAUUUUAUGACCACCUGCCAUCUUUUUCCACUGCGUAUGGUCUGCGGGAGGCCAUUCCACUAAGCCGUUUUUUGUCUGAUCACAGUGCGACUUGAACAGCUGGGUGACGACUUUUAGAAGGCAUACGUAUGAUUACCAGCUGACAUGCUGAACGUUUAUGUAAGUUCACAGGCGGGUGUAGCAGCAGUCGCUUUGAUUACGCGUAUGUUUAGUGCUACCUGCACUGAUCUUAAAGGCUUACGGCAGAAUGCUUUUGCGGCAUGCUAUCGAACCUACUAGACCACGCAGUUUUCUUAUGUAUUAUCGUUUUUCCAGAACUUUUUUCGUGUCGUGGACAGUAAAAAUGUUCUUUUUUCUCACUGUCCGCGUAGUAGACUACAUGAUUUCCAUAACUCUUCAUUGCCUCUUUUAAGUAGAAUGACUUUUCGAGGGUGUUUUUCGUACCAGGUGACUAGUGAUUUGUCGUUUGGUCGUUAAGAUGUGCGUUUUUUCUUAUCUUUUGUGGCAGAGGUGUAUGGCCAAGAUAUCCCGGUAGACCCAAUCCGCCUCAUGCACGAGACUUAUCCGAAACUCGAGAUCUCGUAAGUGUCCGCCUGUCCUUUCUGUCCCCUUUGCCUUACUGUUUCGUUGUUUGGUUGACUGAUGUUACGCGAGGCACAUUUAGCCUCUUCGUUGCGUAUACUUAUUACUUUUUCAAGUUUGCAGAAACCGAAGAAACCGUCUGAUUGUUCUGUAGGCUCUUAGGAAACUUCGUUUUCUCAAACAGUGGUAUUUUGAGAUUCAGUAUUGCUCAGUAUGUAUCUGAGUCAUUGACGUACUUUUUCAAGAGACCUAUAUUAUCAGUUGCGCCUGAGUAUUCAGUAAUGCCAGACUGUGUUUAUGUAAGCAACUAGUUGCAGGGCGAAAGUGUAUAUUACCAGAGUAAUGAUUUUUUGCUAAUUUACUGAUCGGUGAUGACUUUUCCAAAGCUCGAUAUUUCGUAAGCGCCCGCUUAUCCUUUCUGUUUUCUUGACCUUACGGUUUAGUUAUUCGAUUGACUGGCGUAACGUAUUGGCACAUGUGCCCUCUUUGUGGUGUAGAUUUUCUACUUUUUUAAGUUUGCUGAAGCCGGACAAGCCGCCUGAUCGUUCGGUAGGCGCUUGGAAAUCUCAGUCUUCUUAACCGGGGCAUGUUAGAGUGUGGUAUUUUUCAGUAUAUAAGCAGCUGGGUAAUUGGCAUAUUUUUUCAAGAGACCCUCAUUAUCACCUGCGCCUGAGUAUUCAGUAAUGCCAGGCUGUGUUUAUGUAAGCAACCAGUUGGAAAGUGAAAGUGUAUAUUAUUAAAGUACUGGUUUUUUGCGAAGUUGCCGAUCGAACAUGACGGGAAAUCUCGACCGAAAGCCGGUACUCCCCGUUUGACUACAUUGUCGUGCGAUACUGUGCGUCUAUUCACAUAUUCUAUAAUCAACUAGUAUCCAAACCGCUACCUUAGUGUUUACUCGUUGAUGUUGAGGGAGUGGCGUUCCUCCACCGCUUUGACUUGGUUAUGCAAUCAGUCCUUGCUCCUCCAUCUGGGUAUUGAUGCCAGUUGUUGAAAUUUUCCUUCAACAGGUCCAGUGAGAAGGUGGUGGUUGACGAGGAACAGAAUGGUGGACGGGGUUGCGGCAACAGGCGGACAGUUUGUCGCAUUCAAACAACCCACAACGGACGUACCAUUGUGGGCGAGGGACCGAAUCUAAGGGCCGCCAAAUUGUGCAUCGCUCACCAACUGGGCGUUUCCUUUGGUUAG